AACAGAUAAGACAAAAGGCUGGAGCUUUUGCACUGAAGAAGUGGAAGCUGCUGUUCAGGUGAGCUGGCAACUUUUCUUUGAAGGACAGUCCACAAUGAGGCCACUUGCUCUCCUGCUUCUGCUCUCUGCUUUCGCCCCAAAGGCUGAACUGUGUAGCAGUGACAGUUGCAUCAAUUUACUGAAGCAGGACAUCCUCAACCUUCUAGCGAAAUGGGAAGGGUCUUCCUGCCUUCCAAACUCUCCACAGAAGAAUCUGCCUCAAAGCUGCAAACAAAUCAAGGAUUCCCAACAAGAAGCCACAGAUGGGCUGUAUUUCCUGCAGACGGGAGAUGGUGAGGUCUACCAAACCUUCUGUGACAUGACCACCAAUGGAGGAGGUUGGACUCUGGUGGCCAGUGUCCAUGAGAACAACAUGUAUGGGAAGUGCACUGUGGGGGAUCGUUGGUCCAGCCAACAAGGGAACAACCCCAACUGCCCAGAAGGAGAUGGAAACUGGUCCAAUAACUCCACCUUUGGGUCAGCCGUGGCCUCAACCAGUGAUGAUUACAAGAAUCCUGGCUAUUAUGACCUGGCAGCAAAAGAUCUGGCUAUAUGGCAUGUUCCCAACAAAACUCCAAUGAAAGAAUGGCGGGACACCUCCCUCCUGAGGUAUCGCACUGAAACUGGGUUCUUGGCUGCAGAAGGAGGUAACCUUCUCCGGCUUUACCAGAAAUACCCAGUGAAAUUUGGAAUUGGCAGUUGCCUAGCUAACAAUGGCCCAGCGGUGCCUGUUGUCUACGAUGUGGGCAAUGCCCCGAAGACAGCCGGAUAUUACUCUCCAAAUGGGCGGAAUGAAUUUGUUGCUGGCUUCAUUCAGUUCCGAGUGUUCAAUCAUGAGAAAGCAGCCAUGGCUCUCUGCGCUGGGGUUAAAGUCACCGGAUGCAACACAGAACAUCACUGUAUUGGCGGAGGAGGAUAUUUCGCAGAAGCAGCUCCUCGGCAGUGUGGGGACUUCGCCAGCUUUGACUGGGAUGGAUAUGGGACUCACCGUGGCUGGAGCGCUUCUAAAGAGAUAACUGAAUCUGUUGUACUGAUCUUUUACCGUUGAUGGCUGGUGUGGCAGAAAGAGGAGUACCGGAGGCACAGUCUUGACCAGGGCUUUUUUUCUGGGAAAAGAGGUGGUGGAACUCAGGUGGUGGGUUUCCCUUGGUGCAAAUGGU